GAGGUUUUUGUUCAGGAAGCCGCGCUGUGGCGCCACGGAAACCCUCUUGUGCGUCCUGGGCAGAUGCGAGCAGGCUGGUCUCUGCUUUUGAGGCUCCCCAAGGAACGGGAGCGCCACCUCGAGUUUCCCGAGGCUCGACACGGCUGCAGGUGUCCUUCUCCACCAGCCCUUUUGCAGCCUGACCUGGAGGAUAGGACAGCAUCUGGCUCAGGCUGCCCACAAUGGCCCUCCUGACACACCUGCUGGUCUGCAUCUUUGGCAUGGGCUCCUGGGUGGCUAUCAACGGGCUCUGGGUGGAGCUGCCCCUGCUGGUGACUGAGUUGCCCGAGGGCUGGUACCUGCCCUCCUACCUCACUGUGGUCAUCCAGCUGGCCAACAUAGGCCCCCUUCUAGUGACCCUGUUGCAUCGCUUCCAACCUGGCUGCCUGUCUGAGGUACCGGUGAUCUUCCUUAUCCUGUGCAUAGGCACGGCUGCCUGCGUCCUCUUGGCCUUAUUGUGGAACACGACUUCCUGGAUACAGGGCGGACACCAUAGUGUGGCCUUCAUCGUCCUCACCUUCUUCCUGGCCCUGGUGGACUGCACCUCCUCUGUCACCUUCUUGCCGUUUAUGAGCCAGCUGCCUACGUACUAUCUUACCACCUUCUUUAUAGGGGAGGGGCUCAGUGGCCUCGUGCCCGCACUGGUGGCUCUUGCCCAAGGCUCAGGUAUCACCACCUGUAUCAAUGCCACAGAGACGCCAGGCACCACCUUGAGCCCUGUGACCACAGUGGAGAGCCACAUCACCCAGACAGCCCACAGUCCUUCCCAGUCGCCCCUCACCUGGCACCUGGAGAGUCGCUACCUGGCCCCACGCUUCUCACCACUUCUCUUCUUCCUCCUGCUAUCCUUCCUGAUGGGCUGCUGUCUGGUCGCCUUUUUCAUCCUGCAGCGGCAGCCCUGGGGACGGCAAGGCUCCAUAGAGGACCUUCUCCACUCCCAGGUCACCCUGCACUCCAUCAGGCCACGAGACGCAGAGGACGCCAGCUCACUGGGUGCCCCUGUAACCAGCCCAGGCAAGGGGUCAGUGGAAGUCAGUGUAGCCUCACUCCGCCCAGCCCAGCUGACCUUCAUCUACUCCGUGGUGGCCUUUGUCAACGCACUCACCAACGGUGUGCUGCCUUCGGUGCAAACCUACUCCUGUCUGCCUUAUGGGCCUGUUGCCUACCACCUGUCUGCAACCCUCAGCUCCGUGGCCAGCCCUCUUGCCUGUUUCCUCCCCAUCUUCCUGCCUAACAGGUCGCUGUUGUUCCUGGGGUUGCUCACAGUGUUGGGAACCAGCUUUGGGGCCUACAAUAUGGCCAUGGCUGCCAUGAGCCCCUGCCCCAUCCUGCAGGGUCACUGGGGUGGAGAAGUCCUCAUCGUGCUUUCCUGGGUGCUGUUUGCAGCCUGUCUCAGCUAUGUCAAGGUGAUGCUGGGUGUGAUCUUGCGUGACCGGAGCCGCAGUGCCCUCUUGUGGUGUGGGGCAGCGGUGCAGCUGGGCUCGCUGAUUGGCGCCCUGCUCAUGUUCCCACUGGUUAACGUGCUGCGGCUCUUCUCAUCUGCGGACUACUGCAGCCUGGACUGUUCUGUCUAGCCUCACUUGGCCACCACAAGACACCGUCGCUGAGGUGGAAAACCAGAACCCAGAGAGGCAAAGGCUAACGACUCCCAGCCCCUUCUCCGUGUGGUUAUAGAUCUGGGUCUGAGCUUUUUAACCCAAAAGCCCUCCUCCCCACCUGGAGUUGCAAAGCACAGCCCUCCCCCAGCACUGUGCCCUGUAUUAGGAGCCCCAGUUGCAGACUUUGUUCUUUGACUUCUGAGAGAUCUGGUUUGUAGCAUUCAGCUGGAGGCAGCCCAAGGACAUUAGGGGAGAGGCUGGGAGAUUAAGCUGCCUGUUGCCUGCUGUGGGAACCUGGGGAAGUCUCUUGACUCCUCAUUAAGGGGACUGUGGUAAGCAGCCUUUAGCUCCUAGGCUCAGGCAUCUAGCCUGCUCUCCUGAACUCUCUCCUGCAAGGACACCCUUCUUAACAGCUGGAAGUAGUGAGAGGACUUGGGAGGUCCCCUGCCUCCAUCUCUUUUCUGUGUCCCAAGAAAAGUACCUCUGCAGAAACCACAAGCAUCUUGGCCCUUGGUCCCAGCCCAGCCCUCUGCCUUCCCUGUCCCCCAGGAUGGUGAGACCCUGAGAAAAGUUGAGGGAAGCCCUGCCUCUGACAGCGAACCCCACCAGGAUGGACAGUGAGGACCUUAGAUUUAAGAAGGGGGUCUCAGGCAGGAGGGGUUUUGUCUGUAAUUAUUGUUCAGUUUUUGUAUUUUGUUCCUUUUUAUAAGAAUUAAACUUUCUACACUUUUACACUA